AUGUCUGCUAGUGAUCCUGAUGCGCGUUUAAUGUCGCGCUAUUCGUGUCUGCAGUGCCGCGAAGCAAAACGUAAAUGCGACCGCGUCACGCCCGAGUGCACACUAUGCUUGCAGAAAAGCAUUAAUUGCGAGUUUCCCGAGCGCAGAAAGCGCCGACAAGUCCGCCCGAGGUACGCAGAUGCAUCGGCACUGCAAUCACCACCACAGCCGGCGCUCAACACACCAAGCCCAUCCCAGGCGAGCACUCUAAGCAGGGAGGCCGCUGAACCGCCAGUGGCGCAGAAAAAGCAACUGCAUCUCGUCGCAGAGCACUUUCUGGAUCCGGAAGUGUUUCAGUAUGCACAGCUGCAGCUGCCCACCCUGCUGAUCGACUCUCUGGUGACAAACGAGAUCGCCGCCACUGUAGGCGGCACGGCGGACAUUCGGACGAUUGCGCAGAAGCACUUUUCCACUGUACACGCCUGGAUGCCGAUCGUAUCCAAGAUUCAGUUUUACAAACUGCUACCCAGGCGUCUGACGUAUAACCGAGCAGAGUUGCAUUUGCUGCUGCUGGCGAUGAAGCUCAGUGGGGAUGUGCCAACACAGACACCGUGCACAGAAUUACACGGCCUGACAAAGCAAUUCCAGCACUCUGUCGAAGGAUCAGGCAUCUUUUCGCUGCUCGUUCUUCAAGCUGGCAUCCUCAUCGCGUGCUACGAACUAGGGCACGGUGUUUACCCGGCUGCGUUUCUGUCCAUUUCGUCCUGCGCCCGCUACGCCAUGGCGCUUGGCGUCGACAGCUCUGUUGGUGGACACUUGGAUCCCAAAAUUGAGACAUUCGACUUGGAAGAGUGCCGCCGUGUCUGGUGGGCGAUACUCGUCAUGGAUAGGUUCAUGAACUUAUCCAAUCCCAAGCGCCAGCUCGUGACGCCGGACCCUGACACGUCCAACUAUAUUCCUGUUGAUGACAAGAACUGGGAUAAUGGGACCACUGGCGCUGAAGACGCGUGCACCCUUGGCUCUGCCAACGGGCUGGAAAUAGGCCGGUUUGCCAGACUUGCGCAAGCAGCGCAUUUAUUAAGUUUGGUGAUCAAAGAUGUAGCAGAGGGCUCAAACGACUCGUCACAGCUUCGCCGCACGAUAUUCGCGUUGGUCCAUGUAUCCCGUAUCGAGGCCCGUCUGCGCAGACUGGAACUCUGUACACAGAUGGCGACAUGCUUCAGCGGUAUUCUGCUCCUGGAUCACCCUACCUCGUUUCAGCAAGUGGCCUCGCCUCAUUACUCCUCUCACGCAGAUGCUACACUUUCUACAGAGAGCUCCUCGGUUGUCGAAGCAACGAUACAGAUGGCCGAGAGGAUGAAGGGGGCUUACGAUUCAAUCAAGGAUAUUAUGGCGCCCUUUGUUCUGCAUGUCAACUACAAGGCCGCGUCCAUUUACUUGCAAAGAGCGAUCGAGGAGCCCGACAGCGAAGCGGCCGCCUAUGUGGCGGCGCUGAAGAAGUCUUUACAGUUAUUCUCCCAAAGAUGGCUUGUCGCUGAUGCUUACUUGUCGCUACUGGAGCGCCGCGAAACUUUGUUGCUGCUUCGACAGCUCGAUUCGUGA